AUGUCUUUAGAAUUUGAUCAAGAUUUUUUAAUUUUCAAGAACUGUAUUGGAAAAGAACCAAAUGAAGAUGAUGAGAAACCAAUUAUAAUAAAAUCAUUGACAAUUCGUACAAUAGGAUCCCAUCCAUUAUGGGGUCAUUAUUUAUGGAAUGCAAGUAAAGUAUUAUCAAAUUAUUUGGAUAGCAACAGUAAAAAUUUGGUCAAAGAUAAAUUUGUGUUGGAAUUUGGAGCUGGUGGUGGAUUAGCAUCAUUAAUUUGUGCUAUUAAUGAAGCAAAAAAAAAGGUUGUAAUUACAGAUUAUCCUGAUGAUGAGUUAAUUGAGAAUAUUAAAUAUAAUGCCAUAGCAAAUCUUGGUGUUAAGAAAACACAAGGCGAUAAAAAAUCUGUAGAACUUCCUGACAAUGUAAUAAUCUCGGGCUACAUUUGGGGCAGAGACACAAACCCACUACUAAAUUACAUUAAUUCCACAAAUUCCAUUAAUAAUAAAAGAAAAUAUGAUCUAAUAUUAUUAUCAGAUUUGUUGGCAAAUCAUUCAGAACACAAAUCAUUAUUAAAAUCAUGUAAAGAAUGUUUGGAACCUAGCAAUGGACAAAUAUUGGUGUUUUUUACACAUCAUAGACCGCACUUUAUAAAACAAGAUUUAAACUUUUUCAAAAUUGCAACUGAAGAGGAAAAUUUUAAAGUUGAAAAAAUAUUCCAGGAAAAGAUGAAUCCGAUGUUUAAAAAUGAUUAUGGAGAUGAGGAGGUUAGAAGUAUUGUUUAUGGCUAUAGAUUAUCAUUAUAUUGA